GAGGACCAUUUCUAUCAGAUCGCGGAAGUGGUGAAGUAACGGCGAUACGUCAUCAGCACACAAACUGCUCGGGAUAUAAUAAGACUUGAAAACGGACGUUAAACCCGCUAUCAGCGGGCGAUUUACAGCAUGUUUAAGAGCCUGGAAUCGUGGUUUGGGACAAAUGAGGAAGAAAGAGUCAAGGGGCAGAAGUGGGACGUAAACAAUGCGAGUGUUGUUGAGGAAGGGCAGCAAACUCCUCAGAACAACAUCCAACCUCAGCACAAAGCAAAAGGCCUCAGCAGUUACGUUUACGAUCUUGCCUCUAGUGCCUCAAAGAAACUGUCCGAGACGGUUAUUGAAACUGCACAGUCCCUGAAGAAAAGUGUUGAAGACGGGAAGAUUAAUGUGAUGAUCGAUAAGACAAUUUUGGGUGAUUUUCAGAAAGAGCAAGAGAAGUUUGUUCAGGAGAAGAAAGCCAAAUCCUGCAGUGCUGCUGUGCCUCCAUGGGUGGGUUAUAAUGAAGAAGAGACCAUUCAGCACCAGAUAUUAUCCCUCUCUGCUGACAAGCGCAACUUCCUAAGAGACCCUCCGGCGGGUGUGCAGUUUCAAUUUGACUAUGAGCAAAUGUAUCCAGUUGCCAUGGUGAUGUUAGAGGAAGAUGAGCUCCUUCAGAAGAUGAGAUUCCAUCUGGUCCCCAAAGAGGUGAAGGAGGAGGUGUUCUGGAAGAACUACUUCUACCGUAUUUCAUUGAUAAAACAGUCGGCUCAGCUCACAGCUCUGGCUGCUCAACAGGCUAAGGAGAAGUCUAGUUGUGAUGAUGCUCAGCGAAAAGAUGAAAAGAAAAUAGUCAUCAGCAAAUCCAAACCAGACGAGCUGCCAGACGAGCUCUCCUCCAGCCCCACUGCGUUCGAGUUUGCCAGUGAUGCAUUCGACCCGAGCAACAUCAAUGAGGUCGACAUACGCAAGGAGAUGGAGCAGCUGGUUCUGGAUGAGAAAGGACCUCCUGACGCAAAAGAUGACAUUGCUGACUGGGAGAAAGAGCUACAGGACGAACUGCAGGAAUACGACGUGGUGGUUGACAGCAACGAGAACCACGAUGACAACUGGGACAAGGAGAUCGAGGAAAUGCUGAAAGAGGACAGUUGAAGUCUGUCUAUGUUUCGGUGUAAGUCUGCUCAGCGUGAAAAUAACCAAAGACCACUUGAAAGAUUUUCAGACUGAGUUUAUUAUAGAGCAGUAUUCUUGGAAGUAAAUGAACGUUUGUCAACAUUUCAUCAACAAAACUGUCAUAUUUUGACGCUCCAAUGCUGUGAAAGAUGUGACCUCAAUUGUGAGAUGAGCUUGUUCAACAACACAUUCAGAAGACAGGCAAAUUCCAAAAGAGACAAUCUGUUGUGCUUAAACCUGCAGAAUCGACUGUUACAUACAUCCCAAUAAACAUGAACUUUGUUAUUGGAGUUUCUGUCAUUGGUACAAUUAAACCUGUAAUAGAGGCACAGGCUUCUAAUUUCUAAUUUCUCUUAGGUGAGAAGGUCCAUCGGUUUAACAUUGGCUAAAAUAUCCAGUGUGACAAACAAUGUUAAAGAAAGCUGUAGCUUUUCUGUAUCGCGCUACACUGUGAAAGUCUUACUUUGUCACUCAAUUUUGUUGGUGUGAACUUAAAAAAGAAUAUCUUUGACUCACUAGUUUGUGCAAUAGAAACUACAGCAUCUCUAACAAACAAAAAUAUUCUGUUCAACACAACAACAGCAGGAAAAUAAAUAAAUAUUUAAGAUCGAAAUUAUGAGCACUUUUUGUUCAAAUACAUAUCUGUGUUUUCAUUGUAAAUAACACAGGUCUAUUUUGACAACAGUUUUUCCCUGCAUUGAUGUAUCAUCGGCAGUCUGUAACAACAUUAACAAUCCAGUGUAACAACGGUGUACUGUAGCUUCAAAGAUAGAAAUCUGUGAAAGGCUUUUGUUCAAUAAUGGAUGUCUUUGGCUCCAGGAAUGUACAAUGUUUGAAGACAGCUAUCAAAAUAUAGAACUAAAAACCACCGUCAACCUCGGUUCAUUCUGAGUAAAUACAAUUAUCUUCAGUACAGCAGAGGAUUCAUCGACAAGUUAAUAUCAAGCAAGAAAUCUGAGGAUGGAGGGGAAAAAUAUUUUUCUGAAGGAAAUCUUCAGCCAUCACGUACAGCAUUAUUUCUUCUUAUCUUUCUUUUGC